GGAGGGUCUGGAGUCUUGCAGAGAAAGAGCGUCUCCCCCCCCCCAAAGCCCCUGCCUGCCUGGAUCUAUCACUUUGAGCAGCGGGGGAGGGAGCCCUCUAUUUCUCCCAAGCAUCCUUCUGAAACCUGGCGGACUUGGUAGCACUUCUAAUUAGGAUUGUCUUAUUCUUGAAGACAGAAACUGGCACGAGACGAAGGGGUUCUUUUGGUUCUGUUCAGUUCUUCCAUAAAAGAAGUAUCAAAGAUGGAUGAGGAUUUAGGAAGUUGUCCCAGUAUCAUCCAGGCAGGGAGCAGCGGAGGAUCCUGGGACAGAACCCGACUGAAGAUCCCAGGAGAGGACACCCUUAGCUCACAUGUUGAGCACCAGCAGUUCAGGCAUUUCCACUACCAAGAGGCCGAAGGACCCCGAGAGGUUUGCAGCAGACUCCACCGUCUUUGCCACAAGUGGCUGAUGCCAGAGCGACACACUAAGACUCAGAUCCUGGACCUAGUGAUCUUGGAGCAGUUCCUGGCUGUCCUCCCACUGGAGAUGGAGAGCUGGGUGAGGGAGUGUGGAGCAGAGACCAGCUGUCAGGCGGUGGCCCUGGCCGAAGGUUACCUCCUGAGCCAGGCAGAGGAGGAGAAGCAGAGAAGGCAGCAGGGAAAAGAUCUGUUUGCAAAAAUGGACGUUGAUUUCGCCGAGUGGGAGAGGAUUCCGUCAGACACCAGACAGAGGCCACUGGGUGAUAGCGUGAUGCUGGCAAGAGCUCCUAAGCCAUCUCCUCUUCGCAGUGGAGUGGAAGCAGCUUCUGUGGCACAAGAUAAGGAUUCAGUGUCCUUUGAAGAUGUUGCUGUGUAUUUCACAGACGAGGAGUGGGCGCUGCUGGAUCCUGAUCAGAGAGCUUUGCAUAACGAAGUCAUGGAGGAGAAUUGUGGGAUCAUGGCCUCUCUCAAAGGUAACAAAUUGGAAACAACGAACCAUGAGAAAAUCCACACAGUGGAGGAGCCAUCUAAAUAUUUAGAGUGUGAAGAGAUCCUGAGUCAGAAUUCCCACGAAAGAACUGCCAGCAGGGAGAAACCAUAUCACUGUUUGGAAUGUGGGAAGGGCUUCAAGUGGAAGAAAAGUCUCACUUCGCAUCAAAUAAUUCAUACAGGGGAGAAGCCAUUUGAAUGCUUGGAAUGUGGUAAGAGCUUCAGCUGGAAGGAAAGUCUCACUUCCCAUCAAAGAAUCCAUACAGGAGAGAAACCACAUCAGUGCUUGGAAUGUGGGAAGAGCUUUAACGCAAGCAGAAACUUGCGCCGCCAUCAAAGAAUUCACAGUGGCGAGAAACCAUAUCAAUGCUUGGAAUGUGGGAAGAGCUUUACUAGAAGCACGAGCUUCCGUUGUCAUCAAAGUAUCCACAGUGGAGAAAAACCGUAUCAGUGCUUGGAAUGCGGCAAAAGCUUUACGAGAAGCAUAUACUUCCAUCAUCAUCAAACAAUGCACAGUGGGGAGAAACCGUAUCAAUGCUUAGAAUGUGGAAAGAGCUUCCGCUGCAAGAGAAGUCUCAUUUCCCAUCAACAAAUUCACACAGGGGUGAAAUCCUAAAAGCUGUGCCUUCUGGUGUAACCAAGUUCUGGUUUUCUCUCCGUCUUCCUCUCUUGCAAAUUUACUGUGGGCACUUAACCAUUACACUUGUACAAAUACUAAACUGAUAAGACAAUCACUUUAAGCUUUCCAGUUCUAGUGGUAAGGGGCAAAUGAUGAGGAAGAGAGAGAAGGCCACCAGUUGCUUCCUGGUGGCCAUGGGAGAUGUUUUGUUGGGGCAGAAGUGCAGAGGAAGUGAGUGGAACCAUUCAUUGUUGACAGUUGCCCUCCAGCCAGAAAACUUCAAGACUGGCAUUGCUGAAGCAAACUCUCUUCUUCUUCUCCUUCAAGAUUGUGUAUGGAGUACUUUCUUUUGUGGGUUGAAUUGUCUGAGGGCACCUGGUGAGAGGAAGUAGUACAAGGGGGAGGUGUUUACCAUUCCACCCGCAUGGGACGCAGGUGGCACUGUGGUCUAAACCACUGAGUGUCUUGGGCUUGCCAAUCAAUCGUAAGGCCAGCCAUUUGAAUUGGCACAAUGGGGUGAGCUCCCGUUGCCCUGUCCCAACUCCUGCCAACCUAGCAGUUCAAAAGCAUUCCAGCGUGAGUAAAUAAAUAGGUACCACUGUGCCAGGAAGGUAAACAGCAUUUCUGUGCGCCCUGGCUUCCAUCAUGGUGUUUUGUUGCUUCAGAAGUGGUUUAGUCAUGCUGGCCACAUGACCCGGAAAGCUGUCUGUGGUCAAAUGCUGGCUCCCUCAGCCUGAAAACUGAGAUGAGCGCCGCACCCCAUAGUCAAAUUCGACUGGACUUAACCGUCCUUUACCUUUACCUUACCUUUUACCGUUCCACCAAUUCUUUGGUGAGAGAUAGCAACCUGCUAUUUAAACACAGUGCAUUCUUAGGAAAUUGUUUGUUAGGUGAGCAUUCUCAGAACAAGUCAACAAUUUCAUUUAUUCCUAUGGGGAAAUUUCUAAUGUGUUCUCAGCCACUUAAUUUUGACCCCCAAAUGACAGAAAAACCCAGGAAAACUCUGAAACCUUGCUAAAGGCAAACAAGGAAGGGGAAAAGACCCUUUUAUUUAUCUGCUCUCCCCCCCUUCCUCCCCUACUCCCACCAUGGUUUCUGGUGAAACAGCUGCUGGGGACCAUCAACACAUAAAAAGUAAGGCUUGUUUAAGACUUAUUGGUUUACACAGUACUACACACAGGUCUGGCUGUUUCGAUAUCUGAAUCUGUGGUGUGUAUAGUGAGGUUUAGGUACUAAUCCGUCAUGUUUGGAUAAGUGAAUUUUCAUAUAACAAGCGUUUGGAUAGCAGGACCUACGUGUAUUGUCAAUGAAUGUUUUCAUUGCCUCUUUGAUGUGUUUCCACUAUCCUUUUGUUCAGAGGAAGGAGUGGCUGAUGACAUUAGUUACAGAUCGAGAGUGAGAUAUUGGAGAGUUUGGAUGGUACAUCUGUGGGUAUGUGUGGAUGUGUGAGCAGUGUGUGAACAGAGUGACAUUGAAUGAGCAGUACAUGUUAUAUGAUCUUUGUAGAUGUAAGGUUGAAUUUAGGUGUGAUCUGUAGUACUUUGUGAAUCAGGGGGCUGAUUUGGGAGGCUGAAGACUCUAAAAUAUUCCCUGACUCUAAAUAUGUUUCCAAGUGUUUGUUCUUAAAGUUUGCAAUGGUUUUGUUUUUAAAGAUCGUAUUGUUUUAUCCAGUGCUCUCUUUUUUUAGGAGAAAAAGUGCCGGUACUCACCAUUAGGUUGUUACAGUAAGUGCCACACUUUUUAGCAUUUCGAAAAA